AUGGACAACCUUGGACAUAGGGAAAAUGGGAGGCAAAGGCCAGACCCAUAUAAAGCACUUCAUACUCAGUGGAUGAUGCCCCAAAGGCAAAUGAAGGACCACCACAGCAUGAACCUCCUAGCACUAAUGAGCGAGAGGGACACCGCCAUCAUGGAGAGAGACCAUGCUCUGGCUGAGAAGAAAGCUGCAAUGGCUGAGAGAGACAUGGCGUUUGCCCAGCGGGACUCUGCAAUGGCUGAACGGAAUGCUGCAAUCGUCGAACGAGACAAUGCCCUUGCUGCACUUGAACUAGCCCGUACAAAUGGAUUUAAUAUGAACAGCGGAAACGGAUUCAACCCAGGAUCUCUCAAUGGAGCGAAGAACUUCCACCACCACGACCAGCAGCCCCAUGCUCAAUCAUCACCACUGCAACUGGCCGAUUCUCCAUAUGACCAUGCGAGGGAAAUGCACAUAUCAGACGCAUACCCAAUCUCAACAGCCCCGGUGACUGCUGCUGGAAAGGCAAAGAAGCCCAAGAAGAACAGUUCCCAAGCAUCUCCACUGAAGAGGCCGUCAGGCGUGCUCCGGAAAACCAAGAAAGCCGGCGGUGACUGGAGAGAUGCUGGAAUGUCUGGUGUCGGGGAGGAUCCAGCUCGCGCCGCUUCUGAGAUGAAGAACGAGCGGAAGGACCAAGACCUUGGCCUGAACCAGGUCUCGUUCGACGAGUCGUCCAUGCCCGCGCCUGCCUGCUCGUGCACGGGGGUCCUCCGCCAGUGCUACAAGUGGGGCAACGGCGGGUGGCAGUCGUCCUGCUGCACCAUGAGCAUGUCCAUGUACCCGCUCCCGGUGAUGCCCAACAAGCGCCAUGCCCGCAUGGGCGGACGGAAGAUGAGUGGCAGCGCCUUCACCAAGCUGCUCAGCCGACUAGCGGCUGAGGGCCACGAUCUCUCGGCGUCGGUGGACCUCAAGGACCACUGGGCCAAGCAUGGCACGAACAGGAUAGUAGACGAAAUAGAAAGAAGAUAA